AUGAAAGGGCAUCAGAUCGUGACCAAAGAGAACCUGGAGGCCUCUGAAGAUGUCCCCAGCAGCUUUCAGCGCAAAGCCUUCUGCCCAAAGCACGCAGACCAAGUCUUAACUUUCUACUGUGAGCCUUGUCAGACUUUGGUCUGUGUCGCCUGUACGGUUGUCGAUCAUCGGCCGGGCGAUAAACACAAUCCUGUAGAAAUCGGCUCCGUCGCUGAGGGGAAGAAACGAGACCUACAGAAACUGAUAGCAAAUCUCGAGCCUCGAGAAAAAGACGUGCGGGGUACCCUGAAAGAAGUUGAGAGGGAAUUAUCUGAGUUACCAACAUCGGCAGACGCUGCGAUUGAACAGGCAACAGCCUAUUUUGAUCAGUUGAUAUCCUUGCUUCAAGACAGAAAAGAAGAAGUCGUGUCAGAAAUCGGCUCACGCCGCCAGGAGGUUGGAAAAUGUCUGGAAACCCAGAAAGAAGCGAUAGAGUUGGAGUUGGCUGGACUGACGAGCGCGUCUGAGUUCUGUAAACAAGCCUUGGAACACGGCAGUGACGUGCACGUCAUCGAGGUCGAGGGUCAAGCACGACAGAGGGUAGAAGACCCGUUUUUAAUGGGGGUAUAA